AUGUCUGUGUAUUUCAUCUCUUGGCAGAAGUCAGGUCAGCUGACCUCUCCUCUAGCGCGGUCAGUUAGGCUAGAGUUGAGCUCCGCGAGAGCAACUCCUGGCCUUGUCACCGCCAGCAGCUCAUUGGCUCCCCGUAUCAGUAUUUGGAACCCAGUGCAGGGGGCCGGCUCUUGCCCGCCUGCGCAAUCCUUCCUAACCUUGGUAGUUCCCCAAGAAGAAAAGAAUAAGAAAAAGGAAAAAGAAAACCAGGGACAGAAACUUAGACGGGAACGGAAAUCGGCCAUUGACAGAGGCAGAAAACAAACGGAGACAAAAGAAGAUGAACUCCAUGUAACAGCAAGGGCUAUGACUAUUUACCAAGGCUACGGCCUUCACACAGUCCUCGGGUUUGGGUGCAAGGGGAAAGAGAAGGCCAUGUUGGAAACCCAAAUUCCGUGCGCAAACACGAUCUCGAAAUCGGAAGAAGAGAAGAUGAUGAAGAUGAAGAAGCAAUCUGAGUGA